UUCUCCUCAGUAGUUCGCUCUCUCAUUCUGACAACAGCAGCCGUUCCCCCCCUGCUCCGCUGUGCCGAGACUCCACCAGGUUGUGACAGCCAUGUUGGCGGUGUGUUUGAGGCUGCUUUUGCUCCUCCCCCUGGCUUGCUGUGUCCCCUCCCCCUCCAGACCUCCUUCCAGAGUCUGUAGACGGUGCUGCGACCACCUGGAGCCGCCAGCAGCCACGGGGCAAUAUCAGCUGCCUGAGGUCCGCACUGUCAUCAACAUGACCAUCCUCAAAGGUGAUAAAGGAGACAGAGGCGACAAGGGUACACCUGGGAAACCCGGCUUAGAGGGCCCCCCCGGCGUCCGAGGACCCAUGGGCCCUAAAGGCACCAAAGGCCAGGCGGGCUCCCCCGGAGACGCCUGCAAGAUCCCUCACUCCUCCUUCUCGGUGGGACGCCGCAAGUCCCUGCACAGCGUGGACUACUACCAGGCGCUGGUGUUCGACACGGUGUUCGUCAACCUCCACGGCCACUUCAACAUGUUCAAAGGCAAGUUCUACUGCUACGUGCCGGGGAUCUACUUCUUCAACAUUAACAUCCACACCUGGAACUUUAAGGAGACCUACCUCCACCUGAUGCACAACGACAAGGAGCAGGUGAUCCUGUACGCUCAGCCCAGCGAGAGGUCCAUCAUGCAGAGCCAGAGCGUCAUGAUGGACCUGGCUCUGAAUGACGAGGUCUGGGUGCGACUCUACAAGAGGGAGAGGGAGAACGCCAUUUACAGUGACGACGUGGAUGUUUACAUCACUUUCAAUGGAUACCUCUUGGCUCCUAGCAUCCAGUAAAAAAAAAAAAAAAAAAAAGAAAAAAAAGGGGAGGGAGUAGGGCUGGGUACCGAAUUCAAUACUUUUUAGGCAACGACCGAAUUGCCUCUGAAGUAUGGAGUAUCGAAAAACGCCUCGUCAUUCAAUAGCCAAUUUCAAUAUCUCAUCAGCGUCAGUGAGCCAUCAGCUUGCCGCAUGGUUCUACCAAGAUCUGAUAAUGUUGGUGAUUUCUAA